AUGAGUUUAAGCAGCGUUAGAUAGUACUUGCAAUUAUUGUAAGAAAAGGAUAAUGAGCUAAAAGUUAUUGGAUUGGAAAAGUUAGUUUCUGUUGUAGAAACCAACUGGGCUGAAAUAGCUGAUCAUCUUGGAGAUAUUGAAAAUUUAUAUGAAGAUGAGUCAUUCCCUAAGAGAUAGUUGGCCUAUUACUUGGCAUCUAAGGUAUAUUUCAAUUUAGAAGAAUAUGAAGAUGCCCUAGACUUAGCUUUAGAAUCAUAAGAAUACUUUUAAGUUGAUGAAAACACAUAAUUUGUAGAAGUUUUAGUUAAUACUUGCAUUAAUAAAUAUAUUACUCAUAGAUAAUCUGACUAGACCACAAAGUUAAAUCCUAAAUAUGAAUCUAUAGUUGAACGUAUGUUUGCAAAAUGUUAGAGGGAUUAAGAUUAUAAAAGCGGUUUAGGUAUUGCAGUAGAAAGUCGUAGAACUGAUAAAAUUAAUGAAAUACUCUCCCAAUCAGAAGAAUCUAAGCGUGGUGAAUUAGUGAAUUACUUAUAUGAUGUUUGUAUUAAAUCAUUAAACAGCAGAAAUUAUCGUAUUGAAAUUAUGCAACUCUUGAUUUCAUUUUACAAAGAAAAACUUGCUUCUCAAGGAUUGCUUCCUCAUGAAUAUAUUAAUUUAAGUUUAAGCUACCACACUUUAGGAAAGUAUGAAGAGUGUUCAUAAUUAAUUGAUGAUCUUCUUGCCAAAAAUAUACCUCUUGCCUAUCAAGUAGCCACAGAAAUUAGUGAAACUUAAAAUUACAGCUUUAUUAAGAAGGUUAUUCAAGCUUUACCAAUUGAGGAAAGUAACAGCGAAAAGCGUAAAACAGUCAUAGAUAUUUUAGAUGGUAGAACAUAAAGAGAAAUUAACUAAAAAGUUCUUGAACAUUUAAAUAAAAGUGAUCCUCUCUACAUCAAGCAAAUCCAUUCUGCAGUUGACUCAAAGAAAUCAGUUGCUCAUACUGCUUUGAUUCUCUGUAAUUCUAUUUUGAAUGCAGGAACUGGAAACGAUUAAUUCGUUAAAGAUAAUAUUGAUUGGGCUUAAAAAAGUUAAUUGUGGGCUAGAUUCGCUUCUUUGGCCUCUUUAGGUAUGAUCCACUCUGGAAAACCUGAAUAAGCUAAAUAAAUUUUUGCAAGUCAUCUUCCCAAGGGAUAAGCAGGUGGUAACACCGGAGGUGCUCCUAAUUACUACAGUAAUGGAGGUGCAUUAUAUGGUAUAGGUAUUAUGCACAGUGGUACACGUGAUCCCGAAACUAUUAGAUAUUUAACAGAUAUUAUUAAAGACCCUCAAUAAAAUAAAUAAGAACCUAUUCUUCAUGGUGCUUGUCUUGGGCUUGGUCUUGCAGGUUUGGCUUCUGAAGAUGAAACCUUAUUCGAAGUUUUGAAGAAUGUUUUAAUGAACGACAGUGCAGUAACUGGUGAAUCUGCAGCACUUGCUAUUGGUCUUAUCAUGGCAGGAACAAAUAAUGAAAAUGCAAUUACAGAAUUAUUGAAGUUCGGUUCUGAAACACAACAUGAAAAAAUUAUUAGAGCAACUGGUCUUGCUCUUGCUUUAGUUUCUUUCGGAUAAGAAGAAAAUGCUGACGGUGUUAUCGAAUCACUUCUUACUGAUAAAGAUUUUAUUCUUAGAUACGGUGGUGUCUUAACUGUUGGUCUUGCUUAUGUUGGUACUUCCAACAAUAAAGCUAUUAGAAAAUUACUUCAUUAUGCAGUUGAUGAUGUUGCUGAUGAUGUCAGAAGAGCAGCUGUUAUCGCAUUAGGUUUUGUUAUGUUUAACUAAUAUGAACAAAUGCCUAAAAUUAUGAAUCUUUUAGCCAUGAGUUAUAGUCCUCACGUAAGAUAUGGUACUGCCAUUGCUUUAGGUAUAGCAUGCGCUGGCACUGGAUACUAAGAAGCCUUAAAUAUGAUUGAACCAAUGCUCACUGACACCACUGACUUUGUAAGAUAGGGAGCUAUGAUUGGUACAGCUCUUAUUUUACAAUAAGCCAAUUAAAACUCUGAACCUAAAUUAGAAAAAUUCAAAAAGACUCUUUAAAGCGUUUAUUCUAAAAAGCACGAAGAUAUUUUAUGUAAGAUGGGUGCCAUACUUUCAUCUGGUAUUAUUGAGGCUGGUGGAAGAAAUUAAGUUGUUAGACUUGCUUCUUAAUAAGGUUUCCCUAAAUUAGCUAGUUGCGUUGGUAUGGUUAUUUUCACCAAUUUCUGGUACUGGUUCCCUUAUGUUAACUUCAUUAAUUUGAGUUUUGCUCCUUCUGCUUUAAUUGGUAUUGAUUAAACCUUACGUAUUCCUACAGACUUCAGCUUUAAAAUUAAUACAAAGAAGAGCACUUAUGAUUACCCUGAGCCAAUUAAAUAAGAUGACAACAAAGAUAAAAAGGAAUUUGAAAAGGUAACUCUUUCAACAACUAACAAGGCUAAGGCCAGAGCUGCUGUCAAAAUUGAUGCUAAAGAUAGUAAAAUGGAAGAAGAAGUUGCUGGUACAAGUUAAGCUGAAAAUAAAGAAAAGGCAGAAGAAAAAACUGAAGAAAAAGAGCCAAAUUCUUAUAUUUAAACAAAUCCUGGUAGAGUACUUGAGAAAUAAAAGAAAUAUGUUGAGUUUAUAGAGAAUCAUAGAUAUCAACCUAUUAUUAAAGAAAGAAAAUUCGGUAUUGUAUUUUUAAAUGAUACAUAAAAUUCAGAUGAUGCCAGCUACCUUGGAGUUGCUAAAAAAUAAGCUGAAUAAAAAUCUGAAAUGGUUCCAGAACAAGCUGUUGGUGACUAAAACGAUGAUAUAGCUCCACCUGAGGACUUCGUCUAUGAUGAAAACUAAUAACUUUUGAAUUGA